GAUGAUGGAAGAUCGAAGGUGCGGUGGGGGAAAGGGCCAUGGAGAUGUCGUGAAUGUGAAUGAAGAUGUGAAUGAAGAUGAGCCGCGACGACUUGUUUCUGGGUUCGGUUGAGGCAGAGGUUGCCUUUGUAUAAAAUGCGUGCGCAGGUCAGGUUGGUCCAUCAUUGAACGGUUGGACAUCGAGGGCUUAAGCACGACCAACGUGACGAUGAAUUUCUUUGGCGCCUUCUUUGCGCUCGCCAUUUGCGCGACCUGUGGAUUAACCCAAGCGGAUAUAUCACUCAAGCUACGGCAGCAGCAGCAGCAGCAGCAGCAACAACAGCCGCUGAUCAUCAAGGAGCAGUACUACAAGACGGGCGGCGGCCUAAGCGCUGGUGCUGGCUUCCAGGAGAGCAACUACGCCAAUUCUGGCUAUCAAAUAUUCGAGGUGCACAAUCACUAUCAGGGCAAGAGCAACGCCUAUUUGCCGCCCUAUCAGCAGACAUCCCGCACUCGCCCUACCCAGGCACAGGUUCAGGUUCAGGUUCAGUCUCAGGUUCAGACUCAGUCUCCAGCUCAGAGCCAGGACGACAGUCUGGAUGUGUCGUUCCUCAGCUUAGGCCUGCAAUCGCAUGCACAGGCUGCUGCAGCAGCUCCGUCUGCUGCUCCAGCUCCAGCAUCCGUGCCCUUCCCUUCUAGCUAUCAGCAUAACUUCCAGCGUACGCAGCCAUUGGCUGUCGCUCAGUCAUCCUCCACUGUCUUUGGCGCCCAGCCCUAUCUGCCUCCUACCUCGGCCACGCCCAGUGUGCAGACACAGCAGCAGCAGCAACAGCAGCAACAGCAGCAGCAAUACUCACAGCAAAGCUAUGAGGCUCCUGGAUAUCUGCCACCUGCCACCGCCACGGAAGUUGCACAAACAAACUAUCGGGCACCCGACUAUCUGCCUCCCACAGCCUCCUAUCCCCAACAGCAACAACAGCAACAGCAACAGCAACAGAAUGUCUACAGUGCUCCUACCUAUCUACCGCCUGUUACCAGCAGCAGUGCCACUGCCACUGCCACCACAUCAAUCCAGGCACACAGCACAGCCACCAGUCAGGCCGACUACAAUGCUCCUUCCUAUCUGCCACCUCAGCAGCAGCAGCAAGUGGAGCAACAAGUCCAGCAGCAAGUGCAACAGCAAGUCCAGCAACAGCAACAGCAACAGCAGACACCUGCAGCAGCACAAGACUAUCAAGCACCUGGAUAUCUGCCACCUGGCUACGACUUUGAGAAUCCCGAUAGAAUCCCACUAUCGCUGAUACAGUCCCAGUCCCAGUCGCAGUCCGUUGCUUCUGUCCAGCAUGUUGCUCCUGUCCAGCAUGUUGCUCCUGUCCAGCAUGUUGCUCCUGUCCAGCAUGUUGCUCCUGUUCAGCAUGUUGCUCCUGUUCAGCAUGUUGCUACUGUUCAGCAAGUUGUCGGCGAUUACCGUGCUCCUGGCUACCUACCACCCGGCUAUGAUGAGCCCCAGCAGCAGCAGCAGCAGCAGCAGCAGCAGCAGCCACAGACGAACAUCAUCUACCAGCAGCCGCAGCAACAGCAGCAACAGCAGCAGCAACAAUUGAUUGUUGCACCCACUCAGGCCACUGUCGGCCAGAGUCAGACUGUGGCACUGCCCGAUGGCUAUGACUUUGAGAAGCCCGAGAAUGCAGAGGCAGCCAUUGCCGAGCUGCACAGCCUGCAGACACAGACGAAAUUGCUCAAGCAGCAGCAGCAGCAGUUGCAACUGCAAUUGCAGCAGCAACAGAAGCAGCAACAGCAAGUGCAACAGCAGCAGCAAGUACAAGUGCAGCAGCAGCAAGUGCAAGUGCAGCAACAGCAGCAACAACAGAUUGUGGUGCAAUCUCAAUUGCAGGUUUCUAACCAGCAGCAGGGAUCCGAUAUUGUCUAUGGCCGUCCAAAGUCUCAACAACAGCAGCAGCAGCAACAGUUGGUGGCAACAGGCGCAUACCAGACACAGCAGCAGUACACAGCUCCCGGCUAUCUGCCACCGACAGGUGCAGCUGUUUCUGUGCAGACAGCAGCUCCAGUUGCCAUCUCCAUUCCACAGCCAGCACCCGCUCCAGCACCAGCCACAGCCACUUAUCGCACGCAGCAGCAGCAGCAACGGCAGCAACAACAGCCACAGCAACAACAGUACGCAACUCCUGGCUAUUUGCCACCAGUGGCUAUUGCUCCCGCUGCAGCUCCUGUUGCAUCCCCACUGCCAGCUCCUGUUCCGGUUCCAGCACCAGCUGUGGCUGCAGCCCCAGUUGCCAGUGUCCAUGCAACAUCCACGGCCACCGCUUACCGAGCACAGCAGCAACAGCAGCAGCAGCAGUACAACGCCGAUGGUUACCUGCCACCAGUGGCUGUCCGUGCUCCAGCUCCCACCCAGGUGACGCACAUCCAUUCGCUGAGGAGCUACAUGAAUACGGUGCAGCCCUUUGCCCGCUAUGCCCAACCAGUGGCAUUCCGCCAGCAGCAGCAACAGCAGCAUUACCAGCAGCAGGUCAUAGAGGUGGCUCCCAUGUACCGUGAGCAGUCGAAGCGUCCCCGCUUCUAUGCCCCAGCCAUGUCAUAUGUGCGCAAUGCCGUGCCACGCCAGCAGCAUCAUUUGCAUCAUCAUUAUCAUCGCGUGGUGCAGGCACAGCCACAGCCACAGGCCAGGCCCCAAGUGAUUACACAGAAACUGCUGCCCGUCGGCCCGGCGCCCACUCUGAGCCUGAGGGCGCAGCAAUCGCUGCAGAAGUUCAUGCCCAAGGAUGUGCAGGUGGCUGUGAAUGUGGCCAUGGCUGCGGCACCAGCACCGGCACCACAUCGCGGCAGCUCCCGCGUGCGCACUGUGCAGAUUGUCAAGCCCCAUGCGGUGCGUACCUUCAAGGUGCUGGAGACCAUCGAUCAGGCCGGCGUCAAGACGAUCAAGAUUCUGGGCGCGACCAAUGAGCAGCCCCAUGGGCAGCAUCAUGUCGUCAAGGUGGUCACCCAGGAUGCGCACAGCGGCGCCGAGAGUCACGUGCAGACGGUGAAUAUCUACGACGAUGUGCAGGCAUAUGCCCCACAGCCACAGAGGGGCAACAAUGGAGCCAAUGGAUACCUGCCACCGCGUCCCAGGACACGCAUUGUGCGUCAGACACCCGCCACAUCCACAUCCUCCACCUCUGGCCAGACGCUGCGCCUGUUCCCGGUGCCCAAAGGUCUGUGAGAGCUGUUGGGAACGGCUUGGACCCAAGCGGACACGCUCCAGCACUGAUUAGUUGUUAAUUUUCAUCAUCCACCAGCCGCUUUUAUUUGUUGUUGUUGUCGUUUAUCGUUAAUGCCUCAUUUCGCAUGCAUUUUCUGUUGAAAUUAUUCCCAGCCAUAAGCCAUCC